AUGGCCUCACAGAUCUCGCUGAGGCAGGAGAACCGUGGAGAGCGCAUCACUGAGGAGGGCUCUAGUGAGCACGAUGACGAGCGCUUCACCACAAGGGAGAACCGGCCUCCGUCCACUUCUUCGGCCGCACGUCUAAAUCUCAACCCCUCAAACAAUGGCAAGCUCGCCUCGAGACAUGGCCCUCGAGGCGUCAGCGAGCAAUCCGAGUCCUGGAGGACAGCUCCUGUCUGGCUUCCUGAUCUGGGUUAUCCUUGCAAGGGCUCAGUCGAGUCCGUGAGCACAGCCCAUUCCGACGAUGUGUUCGCCGAUUACAAUCACGGCCUGACUCGGGCCAACGAUGCCUUCAAGGCUCCAUCUCCUCCAUCUGUGCGACACAAAGAUGGCGAUACGCCAUACAUCGAGACCAGCAAAGCCCGUGAUCCCCUGGUCCCUCGCGAUAACACCAGCAAAGCUGGUGGUGAUGCAAACGCGUUGCCUGCCGAGGGCAAAGAGAAGGACAACGCCCCGUCCCCAUGCCAGGCAGAGGGCAAUCACUCUUUCGUUCGUGCUCGAAGCUCAUCGUCAUCGUAUCCAACGGAAGGCAUGCGAUCACCAGAGCUGAUCGGGUCACCUCCGCCUAGUGCUGGACAUAUUCAUCCGAGCAUCUUAGUUCAGAUUCCCGAACUCCAGCCGCGACUCUCAUACUUACAGUCGACGGACUCUUUAGAGCCACCCCGCGUUCACAAUCAGGAAGGAACGCCUGAAGAAAACGCCGAGAUCUGCGUUGAGCUCUCUCCAGCCAUCUCCAUCGAAAAGCACCCAAUCCACUCCCACAGCGAGCACACUGUGAUCGAGCAGCCGCAGGCUAUCAAGGCUCCAUGGACCUGGAUAUGUCCCCAUGGCAUCUUCGACAUGCGGAAUCUCGACGCUACACACUGUUACGACGCCAGCAGCCUACACAGCAGUAUCUUCCGUGGCCUCGAGACCGCGCAGAGCCGCUCCACCCUCCCCUUCGAGCUGCAUUCCCGCGCUUCGACAUCAUGCCUCCCCUCACACAUAGCCACACAGCACAGUCCCCUCCACAUCGGAGGACAGAACUACACGGACAACGUCUACGUCCCGGGGACGAGGGGAGGGGCCGACCAUCAGUCGCUGGGCGCCAAGAUCCGGCGAAAGUUUGUGCAGACCCGCCUCGGCUCGUGGCUGGACCGCAAGGUCAACGCGCACAGCGCCGCCCACCGAAGGCUUGACGGGGAGGGGGAGGGCGACGCGGAGAGGGAGCAGGGUUCACUGCGGGGCUCGAGCCGGCGCAAGCGGCUGCGGUACCGGGCGCGCCAGGUCGGGCACUUUGUGCUCCCGCGCAAGCUGGCGCUCAAGGUCGUGGGGCCGAUCCAAGCCCCCGUACGCUGCGGGCCUGCCCGUGCCGUCUGCACUCCCCCCCGAGGGGACGUUACUCCUCCAGCGAGGGUUGAUUGCUCUCCCGCUACCGCUAAGGUUAACACAUCUCGACCCGAAGUCUGCGCCUGA